AUGGGGAAAUCAUCUCGUCAUCAAAAUAAAAACACAUUUAAGUUUAAAAAGUUUUCUGAUCGCAUUUCAAAUUUGAAGAUUGAUGUUAUCCAUCAAAUCAAACGCCCUGAAGAUGAUGCUGAAGUUACAGAAACUUAUUUUGGAGCAGCCUUGUUUAAGUGGUGUUCACUUAAUCUUACAAAUGAUUUCAACAAUUUCAAGACAGAAAUAUCAGAUCAGGUGAAAACUUUUGUCCAGUUGGUUCAUCAUUCGGAUAAAAUUGUGGCUUCCUUAUUAAAACACUUGUCUGUACCAAAUAGUAUGGCACAUGAUGCUUUACUUGACUUAGUGGUUCAACUUGCCAAGGAUCUUCAGCAUGACUUCUACAAACAUUUUCCUGAUGUAUUCAAGAUUUUAGUAGCUUUAUUGAAAGCCAAUUCACAAGAUAUCCAACUCCUUGAGUUGGUUUUCACCUGCCUUUCUUACCUGAUAAAAUUCCUCUGGCGCUACAUGAUCAAAGAUAUCAAGAAUGUCAUCAGGUACUUUUUGCCACUGCUCAGCACACAGAAUAAACCUUACAUUAGAGAAUUUGCAGCUGAAAGUUUUGGAUUUCUUAUACGAAAAGUGAAAGAUCAAAGUGAACUACUUGAUUUUGUUUUUGGAAGCUUAAACAAACAUUCACAGCAUACUGCUGGCAUUAGUCGUUUACUCUUUGAAGUCUUGAAGAGUGUCCAGAACCAUGUCCACUCCUGUGCAGUGAAGGUGUUUCCUGUUAUUCUGUCCAAGUUGGGGCCUGACCCCAAGAGUGACAAUAUUCCAAACCAGUUUAUUUUGAAUCAGAUUGAGGUUUGUGUCACUCAAAUGAUGGAAGCAUUGGCUGCUCAUGUAGAUGGCACAGACCACAUUUCUCACUUGUGGCCGAUAUUACUGGAGGAGAUAACAAAGCAUCAUCAAUUCUGGCUCAAGGGAGAGAAUUCUGCUCCUGAGAACCUUCAGCGCCUACUCAAUGUGACUUCAGUUUGGCUCAAAUUCAAACAUGGAGCUUUAGUCUCUGAACCUGAUAAAGUUUCUAAUGUUUUGUCAGCCAUCUUGAAAUCUGAGAAUAUUUUACCAGAUAGCACACUGUGUGCUGUUCUUAAUUGUGUGUCACUUCUGAUUUAUGGAUGCUAUGAAAGAAUUAGCAUGUCUAGCUUAUCAAGAGUUAUUAAUUUGAGCUUCAAUAAAAAAAUCGAUGUUGACAUUGUUUAUCCUUUUGCAAAGACACUUUUCUCAAUGCCACUGUUUGAAAAGAAUGUCUUGUAUCCACUGAUGGAGUUCAUGCAGAGUACAAUGAAGGAAAAAGAUGCUUCAGUUAAAGUAAAAUCACUGCUGAUGGCUACAGAAGUGAUUCUUUUCAAAAUUUCUCUUCCACUUGAUGCAAGUGAACUUGAUGACUAUCAACAUUAUACAAUGGACUUUAAUAUUGUAAUGAAAAGAACUUCCACAAAAGGAAUUGUCUUUAGUGAUUACGUUCAGAAUCUCAUCUCUGAUACUAACCUUGACAACAGAUGGCAAUUAGUAUUGACUUGGGCAGCUAUUGUCUGUAUGCCACACAUCAGACCCAAAUCAAAUUGUGAUGUCCUGAAAAAGCUAAUCAAGGAACUUUGGAUUUGUAUUACAUGUUCUGAUGUAGAGCCUUCCCUCAAAGAUUUGCACUUGUUUAUAUUGGCUCAAGCUGUACAAAGAUUUUAUCUGAUGGUCGAAGAAGCCCAAUUCUUUGAGUGUAUCACAUUGGAUAAAGUAGAAGUGCUCUUGAAGUCUUACAGCGACAACAUUCAUGCCCUCCAAGUUGUUGAUAUAUUUUUUUGGUUGGCUUCUCGGUCAACUAAUAUGGAAAGUGUUUGCAAUUCAGAUAACUGUCUCAGAAUUUACUCAUUCCUUGAACAGAACCUUUCUAGUGCUUCUCAUCAGGUUCGUCUGUUGACUGUUCAAAUCCUGUCCCAGUUUCAACUUUCUCUUCCAAUAACAGACAACCCUGACAUUUUUCAAGUAGAUGUUUUCAACAUUUGUCUGGAUGCUGAAAGAAUUCCUCGAACUGUCCAAGAUUAUCGGGAUAUCAUCAAACACCUGCAGAAACUAGACAGCUGUUUAAUUAAGAACAGUAUUCCAUCUGUUGAUCCAAGAUUCAAUCAGGUGCCACUAAGAUUCCUGUUAGGUAACCUUUUCUGCAACUUCAAACCUAUUUGGGAACCAGUUCGUAAACUCAUCACCUCAUAUGCAACUUCCAUGUCCAAAGAAGAUUUCUGGGAAGUCUUUGGGGAACAUCUUAAGAAAGCAGCUUUUGAUUGUGAAAAUAAUGUUCCGACUGUGUCCAUUUGUGAUACUGCUGAGCUUUUGCCUGAUGAAGAGGAUGCAGAAGUAGAUACAGUUUUGUUGCAAAUAUUUAGAGAGCAACUUGAAAAUUCACUCAAGAGGGAGACUUCGUCAGCAACUGUAGACCAUUUUCGAGAGCAGCUGUGGAAGACAAUGUUAAACUUUCCGCAAGUCUGUGAAGCAAACUCCAAACUUUUAUCACAUUUACUCUUUCAGUUUAUUGAAAAUGAAUUCAAACAAGUUGACAAGGACUCCAUGGCUCGACAGAAUAUUCUAAAUAGGGAAUGGAAAGAGAAGAUUGAUGAAAUUGAGAAAGAGAAUAUGGAGGUUGAUGAUGAGGAGGAGAAAACUGAUGAAGAGAAAGCAGAGGAGACAGAUGUUAAUAUGGAAGAUGAGGAGGAGGAGGAGGAGGAGGAGGGAGAAGAUGAGAAUGAAGCAGAAGAUACAAAACAAGAGACAGCAAAUAGCAUUCAAACUGUAGUUCAGAAGCAACAAAAAGAACUUAAUAAUUUGUUAGUGAGCCAUUUACAGUUAUUUUCUCAAUUCCGCCAUGGAAACUCUUUGAGUAGCUCAAAGAAACUGAAAGAAUUGUUUGAAACGCUUCUUCAGCACAAAGAGAUAAUGAUUCAGAAGAUAGCUUUUGAAUGUUUGAUGAUAUUUCCUUUGAAAGGUGUAGGGCUUUACAGAGAAAAUUUUAUGCGUAUUCUUGAGGAGAAGACUUUCCGAGAUGAACUGGCAUUGUUCAACUCUGAUUCUGAAUGCUGUAUUAUUGAGGAGGCACACAGAGCUGCUGUGAUGGCCAUAUUAACAAGAAUUCUCUAUGGUGCUCUGCAAAAUAAGAAGACUACAGUUUCAAAGAAAGGGCAGGUUUUCUCAUUUCUCUGUAGUUGUAAGUUAGAAGAACAACUUAUAUUCAUUGACUUGGUCUUGAAACCUUGUGAAGAAUUUCUUGCUGAUAUCACUAUACCCCAAUUGAUGACAUCCAUAGACUUGAGAAAUAUGUUACCUCCAAAAGUAAUGCAAAGUUUUUUGAAUAUUAUUCUUCUGAUUAUGAGGAAACUGGGUCACUACAUCAAAGUUUACCUGCCCAAAUUGUUGAAGGUGAUUCUUGGCAUUGCAGCUACCUGUAAGGUUUGUUUAGAUAACAAGCAUAAGAUUUACAGCAAAGCAGUGGGACAAGUGAAAACUGUGUGGAAAAUGUCUCUCACUCGGCUCUUUCAGUUCUUUGAAAUAUUUAAAACUUAUCCUUACACUGCAAAUGAGAUUGAUUCGGUGUUUGAUGUGGUUGUGUGGCCAAAGAUUCAGUGCUUACCUGUUGAAAGUCUCAAAACACCAACCUAUUUAUUGAAUUUUCUUCAUGCCUGGACGAAAUCCCCACGAUUUUUUCCUUGCUUCCUGAAAACUAUUAAGAAGACCAAUAUCUCUCCUAUGCCUUAUGUGUUUCAACUGCUGAAUAGCAAAGGUAUCAGUAAGACUGUGUUGCAUGUUGUGAUGGAAAUGAUCUACAAUCUGGUCAGUGUGGAAAUGACCGAAGAAGAAGAAACAGAAUAUCAACUUGAAGAAGUUAAAGGGAACAAGGAAGAGGAGGAGGAGUGGGAGGAGAAAAAAGAGCAAGAUCUAUCAAAAGAAAUACUUGUUUUGAAUGGAUGUCCAAAAUACAGUCACAACAAACAAGAACUUGGCAUCCAAAUUCUUAAACCCCAUAUUCCUACUCUCUUGGAGCACCUCCAGAGGAACAUAUCAUCAGUCAUUUCUCAUUUAAAUCGAAAGAAUGCCAGUUGCAGAGAGUUGACCAUUCUUUCCAAAAUCACUAAUCUUGUGACAAGCAGCAAGCAAUGUCCAGUAUUGGUUUCACUUUUAUUGUCGAUUCUUGCCAAGAAAGGGAAACGCAGUUGGGAAACUGAACUUGAUCUCCUUACAUCAAUUCUAAAUAUGAUUCCAGUCAUAAAGAAGGACAUUUUAAAUCUCUACAGAAAAGUCAUUUGUUUAUUUACUUCAAUAAAACAUCGAAGACCCCGAAAGGUUUUGUGUGACAUUGUUCAGAAACUUUCUGAGAAACAGUCAAGUUUAGAAAAAAUUGCCAAGAUUUUACACCAACUGAAUUCUUGGAAUCCAAACCGUAUUGAGGAGCCUGAUUUUCAUCAGAGACUUGAAGGCUUCAAAGUGGCCAAUAAAAUUAUUAGUGACAUGGAAGAACUGGAUGUUAAUUUCCUCCUUCCCUUGGUACACAACUGCUGUUUUUUUAUUAUAUCACUUGAUGAUUUUUCAAUCAAAGAUAACAGCACCAAUUGUUUGGUUACAAUUAUUAACCAGUUUGAUCAAGUAGCAAACAAAGACAAAUUUGCUUAUCAAGAAGUCAUUGAGCGGACAAUUUUGCCACAAAUACAGGCUGGAAUUGGAGGAGUUAACCAAUCUGUUCGUGCUGAGUUCUGCACAGUUUUGCGAGCUGUAGUGAUUAAAUUUUCUUCACGGAAACCAUUUGAUGACCUUGUGAAAAUCACAGACAAAGAUCCAGACACAGAUUUCUUUGAAAACAUAAAGCAUAUUCAGGUUCACCGAAGAACCCGUGCCCUUCGCAGACUUGCUAAUAAUCUGGCGAGCUAUGAAAUGGAACGUGAAACUCUUUUAUUGUAUUUGCUGCCUAUUGCAAAUGGCUACCUUCAAACCAAAUUCAAGAAGAUAGAAGGUCUCCAAGAAGCUGCAAUUGAGUUGCUUGGUGCUCUGUGCUCUCAGUUGCCAUGGAAAAUAUAUCAGAAACAGCUGAGGUAUUACCUGAAUAAGAUAACAACUGAACAAGAAAACCACAAAUUAAUGAUGAAAAUUGUGAUUGCCAUCUUGGAUGGUUUUCAUUUUGAUUUGUCCAACAGUACUUACACUGGUUCUAAUGCCAAUAAUCUCAUCAAACAUGUCUUAGAAAAAGAAGAAAAAGAGAAAAAUGAUAAAGAGGAAAAGGAAGAAGAAAAAGAAGACGAAGAUGAAGAAGACACCAGAAUUGGAAAACAAAGUGCAUCUGGUCGAGUAAUUUGUCCUGCUGGCAUGGCUACCAGAAUCCACUCUUCAAUUGUGAACAACAUCUUGCCAAAACUCUACAGAUGCUUGGUCCAAAAGGUGAGAAGUGAAACUGAACACAAACUUGUUAAGUCAAAAUAUGCUGAGGACUUUGAGAUUCUGCGAGUGCCAAUUGCUCUGACGAUGAUUAAAUUAUUGAAAAAUUUACCUGAACACUCUCUGAAGAGUAAUCUCCCUUCCAUCUUGCUGCGUGUGUGCCAGUUUUUAAAGUCACGGUCUCAGGAUAUCCGUAAAUCUUCACGUGACACUUUGGUCAAAAUAGCUCAGUCACUUGGACCUGGCUACUUCCCAUAUAUUUUGUCGGAGAUGAAAUCUGCUCUCACCAGGGGUUACCAACUUCAUGUUUUGGGUUUUACAACUCAUUCCUUGCUGCAAGCAUUGUCAGGUCAACUGAAAAUUGGUGACCUUGACUCUUGCCUGAAAAGUCUCAUUGAGGUUUUCAAUGAAGAUAUAUUUGGUGAAGUUGCAGAAGAAAAAACAGUUGAGGCUUUGGUUUCCAAAUUAAUGGAGGCCAAAAACUGUAAAAGCUUCAAUUCCUAUCAAGUACUGGCCAAAUAUAUGAGUACAAACUGCAUGACAGCUUUGAUUAGUCCCUUAAAACAGAUACUUGACAACACAAACAGCCACAAGGUUUCCCAGAAAGUGGAAUUAGUCCUCAGACGAUUGAUUAUUGGACUUGCUGCCAAUAAAUCGUUGGAAGUCCACAAUCUGAUGAUUUUCAUUUACAGUUUGGUCUGUCAAACAUUGCCUCUCCUUGUAGAGAAAAAAAUGGAUUCAGAAAAACUUGUUCACCCACUGGAAACAAAAGUGGAAAGUUGUCUGAUCUUGCCAAAAGCCCCAACACGUGAAGGGAAAAAAUCCAAAGUAUCCAAGAAGACAAAUAUGCAUAUUUUGGUAGAAUUUGGGUUAAAGUUACUGUUCUACAUCUUCAAGCAAUCACGAUUAAAAUCCAGUGAAGUUGACCAUCUGCAGUUGUUGGAUCCAUUUGUCAGUAUUUUGAUUGAUUGUUUAGCUUCAAAACAUAUUAAGGUGAUCAUCUGUGCCAUUAAAUCUUUGUGCAUCAUGUUGAAAUUUCCACUGCCUGCAAUGAAGAAGAAUGUUAAAAGACUUGCAGACAAUUUAUUUGUUCUGUUAAACAGUUUUGCAGCUUCUGGUGCAGCUCGUGGGGAAAAUGCUGAACUUGUUUUCAUUCUGUUUAGGAUUGUGACCAUCUUGGUACGGGAAAUCAAUUAUUAUGAUGUAAAACCGGAACAACUGCAAGUGUUGGUGAUGUAUUGUGAAGAGGACAUUUGUGAUUACACAAGACAAUCCAGUGCUUUCACACUUAUUAAGGCAAUCUUGUACCGAAAACUCAAGAGUCCUGAAAUUACAGAAAUGAUGAACUUGAUAAAAACGAUGGCUAUAACUUCCGAAGUAGCACAUAUUCGAAAGCAAUGUCGAGAGGUUGUUCUUCGAUACUUGCUGGAUUAUCCUGUUGGAAUGGCAAGACAGAAUUAUGUGGAAUUUUUUGUAAAGCAUUUAGAUUUCUCUAUUGAAGAAGGACGAUUAUCAGCCAUUGAAAUUCUAACAGCAAUUAUCAGGACAUUCCCACCUGAACUUGUUGCAGAUCAGGCAGUCUUUUUUUUUUUACCUCUCAGCGCUUCUCUAAUUAAUGAUAAAUCUGCAGCUUGUCGCAAGAAUACAGCCGGUGCAAUUAAAAUGUUAAUAGAAAAGUUGGAUUCUAAAAUGCGACAGGAACUUUUUACUUUUGUUGUCAAAUGGUAUGAAGACAAAAAGUUGCAGUUACAGACAGUUGCUGCUCAACUCUCAGGUCUUUAUGUAGAGGUAGAGAAAGAGCAAUUCAGUCAAAGAUUAACGACAGUGUUACCUUUGCUCAAUAAAAGUUUCAUGUUGAGUAACAGCAUUAAGGAGGCAAAGAGCUUGGCUAAUGAGAAUGACCAAGAUCACUUUUUGUACAACAACUUGAAUACCAUGCUCAAGAUUUUGAGGUGUUGUGAUGUAGCCAAAAACUCCAAAUGGAUUGAACGAAUGAACAAGUUAUGGGAGCAUGUCCAGAAUUACUUAAGGUAUCCACACACCUGGGUGCAAUUAAUGUCAGGACAAUUGUUUGGUUUGCUGUUCACGUCAUAUCCUCCAGAUCAAUUAGUUGCUGAUAUUUUGAGAAACAGUUCACAAAAAUCAAAGCAGUCUGUGCCUUACUUGGUAAAAAAUGGUCAGAAAAAGAUUCACAGUUUGGUCAUGGAUUCUGUGGCCCAAUUACAAUCUCCUCUUUUACAGAAAGCACAAGCAGAACAAGCUGUAAAGAAUUUGGUGUAUUUAGCCAAAGUUAUCAAACGUUUAAAUAUACAACAAGGUAUCAUUGAUCCUUCAUCAGUGCCAGAGAUAAACAGUGAGUUAGUAGUUGUUGAGGAAGAGAACAGUAAAAUAAAAGAUGUAACAGAACAUGAAAUAGAAGAUGACUCUAAAAUGGAGAAGGAGGAGGAUGAAGAAAUGGAAACAGUAGAAUAUGAAGAAAAACUGAUUGAUGAAAAUGAAGAGGAAAACAAUUUAGAGGAAGAGGAAGAAGAUUUAGAGGAAGAGGAAGAUUUAGAAAAAAUACUGAAGAAAUACAGUAAUGAUGUUGAAGAGGAAGAGAAGGAAAAAGAAAAGGUUGAAGAAGAAAAAACUGAUGAGAUUGAAGAAAAGGUAGAAUAUGAAGAAUUAAUAUCUUGUGAAGAAGAUAUAUCUGAUGAAGUGAAAAAACAGAUGUGGAAAAAUGAAACCCCUGAUGAUGAUGAAAGUUCUGAGGUUACAUUGCCCUGGAUUGUCCGUAAAAUGACUAGAGAAGCCCAUUAUGAAAACAUUCAUAACCCCAAGUGUACAUUAAAGCGUUCAUUUGUAUUUAAAUGGUUUGCUGCUGUUGCUGUGGACCUAGGGGCAAAUCUCUUAGCCUCUGUGUUACACAUCAUGCUUCCUGCAUUACACCGAGAGCUCAAUGAUACAGUCCGUACUCAAGAUGCCAACUUGAAAAAUUUGACACAAGAAGUCAUGGAACUGCUGAAGAACACAGUUGGUGUAGAAGUCUUCUCAUACAAAUAUGCUAUUGUACACAGAGACCGGAAAGAAAGAUCAGAAUCCCGUAAGAGAAAGAAAGCUAUUCAGGUGAUAACAAACCCUGAAAUUGCAUACAAGAGAAAAAUUAAAAGGAAUCUUAUUUCCAAAUUAUUAUUUUCUUUAUCCUCGUCACACGUCCGUUCGCCGGAGACGUCAUAA